AUUAAAGAUCAGAAUAAGAAGGUAGCAAAUUUAAAGCAUAAAGAACAGGUGGAGAAGAAAAAGAGUGCCCAAAUGUUGGAAGAAGCAAGGAGGCGGGAAGACAAUCUUAAUGACAGUUCCCAGCAGUUACAGGAUAGUUUGCAUAAGAAGGAUGAUCGAAUUGAGGAGCUAGAAGAAGCACUGAGAGAGAGUGUACAAAUAACUGCAGAACGGGAAAUGGUAUUAGCUCAAGAAGAAUCAGCCAGGACACAAGCUGAAAAACAGGUAGAAGAGUUGAUGAUGGCUAUGGAGAAAGUAAAACAAGAACUGGAAUCUAUGAAAGCAAAGCUGUCCUCUACUCAGCAGUCUCUGGCUGAGAAGGAAACCCAUUUAACCAACUUGCGGGCUGAACGGAGGAAGCAUUUGGAGGAGGUGCUAGAGAUGAAACAAGAAGCCCUUCUAGCUGCCAUUAGUGAAAAAGAUGCCAACAUUGCUCUCCUGGAGCUUUCGUCCUCUAAGAAAAAAACUCAAGAGGAAGUCGCUGGAUUAAAACGUGAAAAAGACCGCUUGGUUCAGCAGCUGAAACAACAGACUCAGAAUCGCAUGAAACUGAUGGCCGAUAAUUAUGAAGAUGAUAAUCUGAAAUCAUCUCAUUUCAAUCAAACUAAUCAUAAGCCCUCCCCAGACCAGGUAAUUCAGCCUCUUUUAGACCUUGAUCAGAAUCGUAGCAAGUUGAAGUUAUAUAUUGGACAUUUGACAGCCCUAUGCCAUGACCGGGACCCUCUGAUUCUCCGAGGACUCAUUCCUCCCACAUCGUACCACCUGGAUGAGAAUCGUGCAGCUUGGGAGAAGGAGCUGCAGAAGAUGACUCUGGAGCAGCUUCACAACGAGCUGGAAAAGGCCGAGAAGGACAGCGCAGAACUUCAAGAGUUUGCGAAUGCCAUUCUCCAGCAGAUAGCCGAUCACUGCCCAGACAUCCUGGAGCAAGUUGUCAAUGCACUUGAGGAAUCAUCCUGACUGAAACCAGUGCUGCUUCUCCACAGCAGCCUGCCAUGGGGUCAGGCCCUCCCAGUUCACAAGGAGUCAUGAGAAUAAUAAAGCAUACGAAAAGGGGAGGGGGAGGAAACACUCUUGGUGCACCUUUUUAUAAACAAAUGAACACAAACUGGUAAUUCCUCCAGUCGAUAAUGCCUGCAUUCAUCUUCUUACUGCCUUUCUCCGUCGGAAUAUCUGCCGCACAGUUACUUUCCCGUUGGCUCUGGGUUGUGUCCACUCUGAAAAUUGCCAAGACUAGAAAGUGUGACGAGGCACUCGCCUUUUGUUUUACUUUCCAAGUAAUGAAAAUCUUUGGCCUGUGGGGAAUUCGAUGUCCUCUAAUAGUGUCUUACAAUUGGCCAACAUCCGUUUAGCUAGAUUUGCUGCUUAUGUCUCUACAAGAGGAUUGAUCCUAAUGGAGAGGUGGGAAGUAUCCCCCAUUCUUCGUGAUGCAUUCUGUUAUGGGAUACGUUCCCGUGUUUUCCUUAUUGUUCUGCUUAUUGUGAGCCUCACUUUUGUUUACCCAAUGAGCUACGAAACCUGGUGGCUGGUUUCUCAGCUCGUUUUCUUGGUAUUUUAGUCAACUUUACUAUAACACUAUUGUUGCAUUUUUGAUUGAACUGUGCCCCUUUUUCCCCACUUCUCUCAUUUUAUCUGUUUUCUAGGUUCUUCGGGAGUUGCGUCAUAUCCACAUGUUCCAGAGCCUCCAUCAGUGAUUGAGAGAACAGAAUAGCUUCUCUAUGUGGUCUUAGGUUAACAUAUUGCAAUUCACAGCCUAAUUAGGAAUCUGAAUAUUCAUUUGAAUUAUAUUAAUAAUGAAAGUACAUUUUGACUAAGGGCGCUAUUAGUUCUAUGCAUAAUUUAUUCUUGGAAAUAUUCACUGGAACAAACUUUGGUUUUGCUAUAUUCCUACCUUCAUUAAAGUAAUUUCCUUAUUUCAAGCUUCGGGGUCACGAGGAACCUUUAGAGCAGGGGUGUCAAACUUGGGCCGUCCCCUUUCGUUAAACCAGGCGGGGCCAGCAUGUGACGCAUCCAGCCCGCAGGCCAUGAGUUUGACACCCCUGCUUUAGAGCAUAAAUAUGUUCCUUCUUUGACAAAGAAUGCAAUGUCUACAAUAUAGACAUAUUGUAGUGAGAUAGAGUCUUACUCUUAAAGAUGUCUUUCUUUCUUUCUGGAUGUUAUAUAUUUCAUUCUUCAUCCCUAAGGUCCCCUUUUCCCCCCACUGCCUCAUCUCUACCCAGGACAUGCCUAUGUUCAGAUCUGGAAAGCCAGGUCACACGAUCAAUUUUGAAAGUUGGGCAAAUUCAGGUUCAUGUUGUCUUGUAGAUGCCUCAGAAAACGGAUUGGGGCAUAAAUAAGCUUGGUUUUGAAUUAUAAACAGUCUUUCUUCCUAUGGGUUUCCUAAUGAAAGGUUCCUAUUGCUCUUAGUUAGCACCUCCAUGGUUUUAGAGAUCUGUAAUGAUAGCUUUAAGGCAACUAGAGCCUCUAGUUAAUGCUUUUUGACAUAAAAGAGAAGAGACCUGAGUGAUCUUAAGUUGGCAAUUGCUUUCACCGGAAGGCAUAUAGACAGCAACUACACAAACUAUUCACCCAUGUGUCAUAUCAAAGCCACAUCUUUGGCCCUAUUGCUUGAAAGGCAUAUUUUGGUAGGACCUGCUGCUUUGGAAGCUUCCUUUCAGGUUUUCCUCCUCCAUCCCUAAUUACUCCCUGUAGGAAUUUAAUGCUGCCUAUAAAACCAUCUCAGCCUUCAGGCCUAACAUUUGCCACCAGUGCUUAUCCUAUGGAGUUAUAUGGUUGGAUCUUCAACUGCCCUUGUUCCCUGCUGUAAAAUAAUCCAUCCUCUGUAGGAAAAGCUCUGGAAUUUCCUUAUCUCUGGUUGAAAUGACUUCUGCUUGUAAACUUAGCUGAGAUUCUCCUUGAUAGCUUUUUGUUUCGUUUUCUUUUGUUUUGUUUGAAGGGGGAUUUUUUUCUGAAAAAUGGAGAAGAUAGUUUGUGGUUGUUCCUACAUUCUCAUGUGCUUAUUGCCCUGUUUAUGUUAAUGCUUCUUCAGCAUUUAACUCUUCCCCUACAUGUGGCUACACUAAGGCAAAACAGGAUCUGUUACAAUAUAUAUAUAUAUAUAAUAUUCUGAGAAUUUCUUAAAGGUCCCACUGCAAAGAAACAGUGAUAGGUGCUAUUGUUUGCAUUCCAUUCACCACAUUCUGGGGAAGUGGGGGGAGAAAUUUGUUAAAUUACUCUUAUUAGUAUUGCAGCUGUGGAACCCUUGUCAUUCUUACCACAGAUCUGGACUGGAGCUCCCAUAUUCCUCUUCUUUUCCUUCUUGUGUAAAAUCUUUUCCCUCUACAGUGGAUCCUCUUACAUUUUAAGAAUGGAUCUAAGCCUUCAAUAAAAACUUGGGAGAGAGAAAAAUGCACACACAAGUUGUUAUCUGCCAACAACGAUCUAACAGCAGUAAAAUAUUGCAGGUAAUCUUGAUGCCAUUUGGAAAGAGGACCUGUCUUUCCUCACAUCUGGAGGAACUGUAGGUCUUAAACACAAGGUGUUAGCCAUGAAUUCUUUAUUCCAGUUGGUCAUGUCAUCUGGGAAUUCUGGACACUCCAAUGCCGACCUCUCUGGAGCAGGAAUGAAAUGCUAUAUUUGCUACCGGUUCGGAACCGGGAGUGCACAGUACCUCUGCGCAUGCGCAGAGUGUCCCUGAUGACAUCUGGGCGGGUGAGGAGCCUCCCGCCACCACCACUACCGGUUCGCCCAAAACGGCAGAAUACGACCUCUGUUCUGGAGAUUGUAAAGUUAGAAGUAAUUCUGGAAGAGCAUUCUUAUUUCCUUUUGACCAUAAAGUAGAAGAUGGUUAACACUCUUGUAGAUUUACACAACAUUGGCUGCAUUGGAAGACAAAAUGAAAUGCUCAGACCCAUGUCUGGUAAUCUGAUAUUUCAUGGAACAGUCGCAGCUUUUCUCAGUUUUGAUAUCUUUAUGGUCUGCUACAAGUCAGACCAAACUUUUUGCGUCCAGAAAAUAUACCCAGAAAAGUUUUUCCUCAAAAGCAUUCUUUUUUUUAUGUGCCUUGUUACUUGCUUCAGUUUUACAUGAAUUUUAUUUAGAUUAGCAACGUGAAUAUAGAUUUUAUUGGGUAACCAGGCUUGUCUGUUUUGAGAAUUGUUUUCCUUUUCUUUUAAGCUCUGAAAAGCUGAUUUUCUGUUAAGGAAAUAUGUUCCAUGAUCUCCAAAGAUGCUACACAGAGAGCUUCUUGAAAGAUUAAGGUACUUUCUUGUGCCAGCCUCGUUGGAUUGUUUAGUGAUCCAGGUUUUCACUCUAAUUUCAUCAAAACCAGGUUUCAAACAUUUUUAAAGAGGAAAAGAGAACCUCAGCUUCAGAAUUAUGCAGUUAUAAAAAAAACAGACAUGUCAAUGUAAAACACCUUUCUUUUUUCAUGAUUUGUUACGACAACUAUUUUUGGCCCUUGUUUUUAUGUAGGAAUGCCAAGGACUAUCUGGGAACUCCCAAAGACUUGCAAUAGCUAAAGAAACAAAGAGUACAGCAAAAUAGAUACCAUUUUUUAAUAUGGAGGGAGUGGGUUAAAGAUAGAAAUAUAUACACAUCCACCUUCAUCAGUAGUAUUAUACAUCUGUUUUAUCUAUCAAUUCUAAUCUGUCAGGAAAAUUUCUGUAUCUGAACAUAAAAUAAACUUCUAAUCUCAAAUGAGUAGAUUGCCAUAGCAUAGAAUCCUGGAGUGACCUUAUCCAAUGGAAAUAGAAUACAGUUUGUCGCAGUUGUUGGAAUCCGAGAGGCGCUAACGUCAGCAAAAGAAGGGAAAGCAGAUUGCUGCAUAUCAUUCUCCUCUGGAGAAAGGUGACCGAGCAGAGAAAUUGGGUCGUGGCUGGUUGGGGGCUGCCAAAGUUACCAAGACAAACUCUUCUCUUGCCAAACACUCAGUCUUUAUCAGUGCAACCGGUGCUGUUUUUGUAAUAAACAUUUUUUACUUUUUUUCCAUUUAUAAAGGAAGCUGUUACCUUCUGAACAAAAUGGCUGUUUUGUCGACAUUUUUUUUAAACGAGAAGAAUAAAAAGCAUUUCCGAACUUUUUCGUGUCAAAAGCGUAAACAUAAGAAUACUGAUUUUCCCCCCCCCCCCCAGUGCGUGUGGUGAGUGCUGUAACCCUAUCAUCAUUGGUAUUCUUAAAUCUUUCAGGGUUGGUGUUUUUUGGGUUUUUUUAAAAAAAAAAAUAUUUUUCUGUUUUGUUCUCUGCUUGUCAAUUUUACUGUCUGUGUGAUCCUCUGGCUGGUGGGGCAGUUACUGACCGUGUGUCUAUUGUCUGAUUUUAAAAUAAAAUUUAAAAAGGUAGAGUAGAAAUUGAAAAGUUGUACUUUAAAAAUAUAAACACUAAAUGUAUUGUCCAAAGGAAUUCAAAUAUGACUAAGCAAAGUUGUGAACUCCUCCUUUUACAGUUACCUUAGGCAGUUCCCAAUCUUGUUCCUUUUUAGCACAGCUGGUUGGGGAAUUCUGGAAAGUCCUUAAAAUUGGCAAGAUUGGGAAACUCUGGUCUAAGGAAAGAGAUGAUUUAGUUACCUUUUAGUUGCCUUUGUCAGACUUGAAGAAGACCAGACCAGUGUGGCCUUCAUAGGAACAUCAUUAACCCUUGAUUUCCUCACUAUAUCACUAUGGUAAUAUAUAUGGAGUCCCUUUACACGAGAAAAAUAAAUUAGUCCUGCAGUUGUUGUUGUUUUCAAGUUUCCUAGGGGUUUUUUUUAGUUGUGCAAAUUUAAAUUGGAGGGAUGUAUGGAAGCUGGCAUUCAUACUUUGUGUUUUUAGACAUAAGUUCUAUUUCCAAUGCCUCUGCCAGGAGUUCCAUUGUUUCUUUGACAGUAUAAUCUUAAAGGGCUUGUCAUUGUGGUAGAAGAUUUCUACUACUGCUCCAGGGUUUGGCUAACAUAAAUAUGCAUAGCAUAAUUAGAUUUAUUAUUGCUGCUAAUCAUAUCUUACAAAAACAUGAAUGUACUUUCAAAUGUUUAAACCUGGUUAGUUUGGAGAAUACCUUAUCACCUUUUUCCAUUUGAAAUAACCAGCAUUUCAGCAGAGAUGUAUCUGAUUUACUAUCAAGUGUUCCUGCCAGAAUAAGAAUGCUGAAUUUAUUGCAGAUGGUUUGUAAUUUCACCCUUGGGACAUCCUUAUUAAUGCUGCAUCUUAAAAGAUUUGAGCCAAGUUUAAUUCAUAAUUACCUUUACUUUUUUCCCAUCUGUUUUUGGCUUAGGAUGAAGUAAUGCAUCUUUCAGGCAUUCAGCAAAUAAACUGGAAUUUGUCGUGGGCAUCUCCUUAAAUACAAACAGCUCAUAAGCUUUGACUUACCUGUAUUAGCAGUCAUGUUACUGAUAGCUUACAUAUCAUUUUAAGGAUAUGAUCACAUUGGUUCAAGUGGAUGAGAUGCUCCUAUAACCAGAAAUGCAUGCUGUUAAUUCAUCCAGGCCAAAAUAGUUGGUUAAUUUCAUCAGACUUAAGUUCAUGAUGAACUUAGAACAUUAAGUUCUGUUUUAUCAAAUUAUCACGAAGACAGCAUAAUAGGCUGUCAUUGGGGUGAAAACUAGUGGGAUGGCUUCCCCGUGUUUAUAUACUGCAGGUGGGCACAGUAAACAUGGGAUAUUAUUAUUUUUUUGUCUACUUGGAAAGUGAUGUGUUGCACUUUAAUAAUUGAGGAGGAGACAACUUUUGCAUAUAUAAUCUGACAUACCUUGAGUUCCUUUUGGAAGGACUAGCAGUGGGAGAUAAUAGAUGUCUGUAAUACAAGUUGCAUAUGCUGCCUUCAACAUAAUAUGUGUUUAAUUGAUGGAGUCAUGUUACUGACAAGAUAAUGAAUUGCAAAGAAAUUGUGUUAUAUAUUCAACUUUGCCUUGAUAAUAUAAACAUUUUUGUUCA